UUUCCCUGCUUUUGGUGCUCCGCUCCGCUCCACUCCACUCCACUCCAGUCUAAAAAGACGACCGCAGCAGCAGCAGCAGCAAAAAGCAAACACUCCUUAACUCCACUUAUCACACUGCUUCUGCUGCUGCUCCUCUCUCUCUCUCUGGGUCUCUCCGUAGAUGGAGGAAGGAAGGGGCUCAACCCUGGUUCAUGUGCUGGUCGUGAUCUUAUGCUUAGUUGCCUUCGGUUUCGCCAUUGCUGCUGAGCGCCGUAGAAGCAUUGGAACUUUACACAAAGACGAGGGUUCGAAUGCCACAUACUGUAUCUAUAGCUCUGACGUCGCUACGGGAUAUGGGGUGGGUGCAUUCUUAUUUCUUCUCUCUAGCGAGUCACUGCUUAUGGGUGUGACAAAGUGCAUGUGUUUUGGAAGACCUUUAGUGCCGGGUGGAAAUCGAGCGUGGACUAUUAUUUAUUUUGUGUCAUCAUGGUUGACUUUUCUGGUAGCAGAAACAUGCCUUGUAGCAGGCGCGAAGAGGAAUGCCUAUCACACCAAGUACCGGGAUAUGAUUUACGCACAUGACUUCUCUUGUGAAACGCUUAGGAAAGGUGUUUUCAUCUCAGGCGCUGUGUUUGUGGUUGCAACGAUGAUUCUCAACGUAUACUACUACAUGUACUUCACCAAGGCGACAUCUCAGGCAGCUCGGAAGGCUAAUCGUGCAAGCUCUACUGUUGGAAUGACUGGGUAUGCAUAGACUUCUUGUCAAAUGCAUUAUAUAGGGCUGAUUUUUGCUGCUUUAGGAUGCAUUACCAGGAGGAUAUCUUUAUGAUUGUGCAUUGCAAUGGCAAUUUGAAUGUAUACCAAUGUGAGAAUUACUUAAAUACUGCUGCAAUGGUUGGCUGUUUAUGAAAGGUGAUUUGUAAGUUGCACUAGUAUUUCGAUCAGAAUGAGAAUGUAUUUGAAUGCUCUACAAUAUGAUCUCUCAAGGCUAUAUAUAUCUUUUCCAA